UUUUAAAUGCAGAUAUAAUUGAAAAUGUAUUCGGGCAUGCCAGUUUCUAUUUACAACAGGUUUACCAACAUUAUAUGCACUAACGUUACAGCUUGGCUAGCUAGCUACUGCUGGUAAUGCAUACAUACGCCUAACUAACUAGUAAUGAGCCAGCUACUGGCUCUGUAUUAAGAUGUGUAGUUCUCCUUUUAUGUUUCACAUUAUUUAAACCCCUGAAAAACAUUAACCUUGACCACUUGUUGUAGACAGUAACCGAGCCUUUGAUCAUGACUCUCAGUGCCAUUAAACAUAGCUCAUUGGACGAAGACGUCUUCUGUGGGAGUUUGGUUAAGAGCCCCGACACUCAAUCUGAACAUUAACAGUCGUAGUUUACGCCACGGUACAGUAACAACAUGUCUUCUGGCCCACCUCAGUCGCCCGCAGUGGCUAAGACAGAGGUGACUGUCGAAGGAGAAUGCCCUCUCCUCGCCGCCACCUUUGCCUACUGGGACAACAUCCUGGGCCCACGGGUGCGCCACAUCUGGGCUCCCAGGUGUGAGCAGCCGCUGUUGCUGAGUGACGGUGAAGUCACCUUCCUGGCCAAUCACACGCUGAACGGGGAGAUUCUGCGCAGUGCCGAGUGUGGAGCGGUGGACGUCAAGUUCUUCGUCCUAGCUGAGAAGGGUGUCAUCAUUGUCUCGCUGAUCUUUGACGGCGAGCUGAAGGGUGACAAGAACACGUGUGCCCUGUCCAUUAUUCUUCCACAGACAGAGCUGGCCUUCUACCUGCCCCUGCACACUGUCUGUGUGGAGAGGCUCAAACACAUAAUCCGCAAGGGACGCAUCUGGAUGCAGAAAGGCUACAACAUAAUUUCUGUGCUGACAUCAGAGAUUGUCCCCAUCAUGGAGCUGCUGUCCUCCAUGAAGACACACAGUGUCCCAGAGGACAUAGACAUCAAGGACACCAUCCUAAAUGAUGACGACAUUGGAGACAGCUGCCAUGAAGAUUUCCUGCAUAAGGCAAUCAGUUCUCAUCUCCAAACGUGUGGCUGCUCCAUGGUGGUCGGAAGCAACCCAGACAAAGUCAACAAGAUAGUGCGAACGCUGAGCCUUUUCCUCACCCCUGCUGAGAGGAAGUGCUCUCGGCUCUGUAAAGCUGACUCCUCUUUCAAGUACGACACAGGACUGUUUGUACAAGGCCUCCUCAAGGACUCCACUGGCAGCUUCGUCUUGCCCUUCCGCCAGGUGCUGUACUCGCCCUACCCGACCACGCACAUCGACGUGGACAUCAACACGGUGAAGCAGAUGCCACCCUGCCAUGAGCACACGUACAACCAGCGCCUCUACAUGCGCUCGGAGCUCAGCACGCUCUGGAAGGCGGCCAGCGAGGAUGACAUCGCCCCCGAUGCUGUCAUUCACACCGAUGAGUCCUUCACCCCCAACCUAAAUAUUUUUCAGGACGUUAUGCAUAAAGACACUCUGGUGAAGUUAUUUAUAGAUGAGGUGUUCAUGCUGAAGCCAGGCCUCAAUCUGCGAAGUACUUACUUAGCCCAGUUCUUGCUGAUCCUUCACAGGAAGGCUCUCACGCUACUCAAAUACAUUGAAGAUGAAACGCAAAAGGGAAAGAAGCCUUUCCGCUCCUUGCGCAGCUUGAAGACAGACCUCGACCUGAUGGUGGAAGGUGACCUGAAUAUUGUCAUGGCUUUUGCUGAGAAGCUGAGGGCUGGACUGCACUCCUUUGUAUUUGGGAAGCCAUUCUACACCAGUGUACAGGAGCGAGAUGUGCUCAUGAGUUUUUGACUCUUAUCCUCAUGACUUAUGUUUGUUUCUUAUCUUUAAUUAUUUCUUAUUAUUGUAGCAUUGUCAAUAAGGAACCUGCAAGUAAGCAUUUAAUUGGACGGUGUAUACCAAGGUUAUUAUAGUAAACUAAAAUUGUAAAAACAAUAUAGUAAACAAAUAAACAUAUGCUGAAACGUAUAAUAUACUGCAAAACGAACUAAAACAAAAUAGAGGCCAUCAUAAAUUAUUUGUUUUUUUCCCUUCUAAACAAAUCUAAUACGAUGUAACCUUUUUUUCUAAUGGGGUUUUUGAGCUUCUGAAUAUGGUGGGUAAGUACUGCCAGUAGAUGCCGAGGUUUCAAAUAGGCUUAGUUUGUGCAUUGCUAUCACUAGCUAACAGGGAAGAAAUCUGAGGGUGAGCGCAGAGCCGGACUGGGCUAAGCUAGAACAGCUUGUGAAGUUGGAGCCGUUCACAAUCUACAACGACAAACUUCAGACUGACAGCCAGUCGCUGUCUGAUGGGGUGCCGUGCCUUCUCACUUGCAAUCUACUACUACUGGGGGAGAGGAUGAGAAAGUCACCUCCGGCAAGGAUGGCUGUUUAUCCUAAGCUGUGGCACUGGAUCUGGUUUCUGCCCCUGCAUCCCAAGAGUUCGUGGAGAGGAUAUUCUUUGUCCGUGGGCAACUGUCAUCAGGCUUGAGAAACCGAACGACCACCUCUCUGGAACGCAGUCUUCUUGAGAAUGAACCAGAAGAUCUUGUUUGGUGGACCAGAAACACACACACACAAGCUGGCUGGCUUUGAACUGAUAGAUUUGUGAAUGUGUUGCUUAUGUUUUUGCUGUUGCAGCCAUUUUUAUUAACCUAUUUGAAGGGCUUAGUCAGUGAUACGUGUUUAAUAUUACAUAAACAUAACAUGUCAAAUGUGCCAUGACUUCAUUUGUUUUUUCCUUUCUGUCAGGUAAAGGUACUUGAUUCUUAUAUUUACUAAAUUUAAAAAAGCAUUGGAUUUGUGUUAACAUGGGCAAGAGUUUCCUUCCACCAUAUUUCUUACACCAGUCUUGGUGUUUAUCCUUUUAAAUCCAAGUCACAUUAGGAUUGAUUUAUAAUUUAAACCUAACCAAACCUAUCUCCUGGACAUGGAGUUGUAUGGAGGCCUCUAGUGUAGGGUUUCCCAAACUCGGUCCUGGGCCAUAGACUUGAUCCCUCUUCAUGAACCGGUGGGAGUCAUGAUAGCCGGGUCAUCGGGUGGGAUCAGCCAAUGAAGUUUACUUGUUAAGAAGAAAAUGUACUAUUUCAAUAUGGGAGGUGGCCUCAGUUGCGCUGCCCAUGCUCUCACAGAAGCCAUCAUGAUUCAAAGCCUAUCCCCUUAUGUAUUACUGCCCCCCCCCCCCCCCUGGCAAGAAGUGACAUCCCCAAAAAAACGAACUAUAGACCUACAACACACAGGCUUUCUGUCCCUAAAACUAAAAACAAUAGAAUUGUUUUUCUUAAACUAAAUAAAAACAAGUAAACCAAGUCUGAUUUAACAAACUAAACUGAAUUUCAAAUUAAAAACAAACAAUAGAAAUAACUAAUAUUAAAUCACAAAACUAUAAUAACCUUGACGUAUACCAUACGUAUCCUGUACAUAAGACUAAUAAAACUUAACUAUCAUGUCUUGAAAUGGGUAAGACAUUUACAUGUGAUUUGUCCAAAAGCUGCCUUUUAUUAGGGAGACAUUUUCUGUCCACUAAACAGUGUUUGAAAUGUGCAAAAACAAUACAGAAUUUCCAAAGGUCCACAUUUCAGAUGUUGAAUUUUUGGAGGAUCUCUGUCCUAUUUGAAGUCCAAACACUCAAUGUCUUAUUGAAAGCGUGAGUCUGGUGUCUUCAGUGUCUGUUUGGUACAACAAGCACUUGACUGGACUUCACUUUAUUUGUGAAACUUGAAUGUUUGGAUACCUUUCAUAUCAAUGUUAGCACACUGAUUGUACAACAUGUUUAAUUACAUGGUGGAAAUCCAGAGUUAAUGUAGUCUUUCUGUUGACUGACAGACUAGAACAGCCAUGUCUAGGUUAUGAACCAUAAUUGCCCUUUGCAGUGCCAAUACUUCAUGCUUACAUGGUAGCCUAUUGUAGAGCUUUAGGUUGGCAAAAUGAUAAUUACAAGAGGGACAACUUCAUCUGAUGCACGUAUGGUCAACACACCCUCUGGUUUUGUUAUAAUGAACCAUUUGCAUGAGAUAUGGUCUUGAAUUUGAGCACAUUGCAAUUAUGGAUAUAUACUGUAGUUCUGAGCAUGCAUGCUGAUUGUUGACAAGAGACAGGUAGUUUUUAGUAAUUGUUUUUCACAUGUACAUCUUGAUGGUUAUAGAAUGAAUUAUUAAUGUAACUUAUGAGGUAUAAUGUGAUACACCAGGCCAUAUCAUAUCGGUAUCAUGUCUUGCCAUACUUGUCAUCAUAUAGUUGCCAUUGAUGAUUCUAAAUGCAUCUUAAUGUUUAAUGUUUUAUCGUAUAGCAUCUUUGACUCAUCAACUUUGACUCAAGUGGCCUUAACUUAUUUUCUCACAAACUUUCAUUGGCAGAUGUGGUUUAUGGCGUAUGCCAAUGAGAACUUAAUAUUGUUCACCCCACUGGCCUUCAUGCUGAUGCAGUGUUCAAAUUGUAUUCUAACAUUUGUCAAUGCAUCCAUGAUGAUAAUAAAUAAAUGUGUCAAUACAAAAUGG